AUGGCAGAUGGUGCUGGGUGGGGGCUGCCUAGCUUUCUAGCUGCUACGAGCGCACGAGACAAAGCUCUUGAGUACUUCACCGAUAACAUUGAUGGCUGUCAAACACUUCGCGACGUUGGCAAUUUGUUAGUGGAGGUCUGUGUGCAGAGCCAUUUGGCGAUUUUCCGGCCAGACGUCCAACUCUUUAUGACGGGGACGACAACACUCUGCAUUGUAGUUGUCCUCCAAACAGUGAAAGGGCCGUAUAUGGUGUUCUUAAGUAUUGGAGAUACACGAGUGUAUUACUACAGUAAACAACACCACCACACAACAACACUCAGUGGGAAGUACCACGACUCGAUUUCACAUAUGCAUGAAUGUUUUGGGAGAAUAGGGCCAGCUAACUCGUGUGAACCUGAUAUCAAAAGAGGCGAGUUGAAGCAUCAGAAAGUGUGUGAGGACGAUAUCAUCAUAGUUGCGACUGAUGGGUUGCAUGAUAACUUCGACCCUCAAUUCCGCGGGAUUAAAUACAAAUCGAAGGAUAAGGAGGUCGACAAGAAGAUGACGGAGUUGAUCGAAGACGACAACACCACUGACGUUGCGACGAACGUAGUGUUGAAGAUGUCCGAGUUUGUCGUCAAUCUAACAGAGCCUUUGCGUGAGUUCCAACGGUUGAAUCCCGGUAAAAAGCUCCCGACUGAUUCUAAAGAGUAUAAAGGCAAAAUGGAUCAUGUUUCCGUCUGUGUAGUUGUUGUUGUGGACUACAGUAAAAAGGUUGUUAACACACAACUUCCUCAAGAGUUUGUGGACAAUGAGAACGAAGUCACUAUAUUCACUCCAGAAUUCAAUUCGAAAAUCUGUGACGGCGCAGAUAAGAAAGAUAAGUACCCCGUCUACCAUAAGAAGGUCAUAUCAACUCCUAUCAUGAAAGAAAUCGACGUGAUGAGAUCGGAAUCUGCGGUAUUGGCUUCAACGUCUUCGUUGGGCUUCGAGGAACAUGCUAUUGGGUCCUUCAUAUUACAUGACAGUCCUGGAACUACACAAUGCCCUUCACCUUCUUUUUCUCCUUUAGAACAUGUCAAGAAGAAUCAGGGUGUUGUGUUCAAAAAGGAUGACGACAAAAAGCCCGAAUCUAAGGGUACUAAAAUUCAAUAUGUCUUUGCAAAGUCCACAGACAAAAUUAAGAAGAGUGAAGUCCAAGAAAAGAAGUAG